AUGGAAAUAAGUAUAGAACAACCAUUAGAAAAAGUUGAAUCAACUACGAUGAAAUUUACUUUAAUACAUGCAAAUGAUCGAACUGAUGACUGCAAGAACAUAACCAGCACUGAAUUAACUUCGAUGAAAGUUACCUAUACACAGACAAAUAAACCAGAAGAUGUGAAUAAUCCUGAAAUGGAAAUUGGAUAUUUAAACAUACCACGCAAAAGAAAUUUUAUAAAAAAAGAUAGUGAUAGCACUUUGGCAGAAAAUGAACAGGAUGUAGUCAAGUUAGUUUUACUAUAUAAUGAAUGUGGUGUGAUAGAUUACGGUCUUGCUAGUCAAAUCGAAAAAAUA